AUUUGCUGCGGUUCCUCCGUACGUCCUACGUCACUGCGCCGCGACCCGGAAGUGGGUGUGUGGCGGGGCGGCGAGCGAGUCCGCAGGCCUUCGGCGUAGGAAUGCUGCGUUCCUAAGAUGUGUGGUUGGUGACUGUCUCCAGAUGCAGAGGUGCCUGUAUCCUUGGCACAGGCAGGUCCUGAGCUGUAGUUGGAGUAGAUUGUGCCUUCUAAAGCGAUACCUAUUUACAAUGAAGUUGCAGUCUCCAGAAUUCCAGUCGCUUUUCACAGAAGGGUUGAGGAGCCUGACAGAAUUAUUUGCCAAAGAGAAUCAUGAAUUAAGAAUAGCAGGAGGAGCAGUGAGGGAUUUACUAAAUGGGGUGAAGCCUCAAGAUGUGGAUUUCGCCACCACUGCCACUCCUACUCAGAUGAAGCAGAUGUUCCAGUCAGCUGGCGUUCGCAUGAUAAACAACAAAGGAGAGAAGCAUGGGACGAUCACUGCCAGGCUUCAUGAAGAAAAUUUUGAAGUUACUACACUCCGGAUUGAUGUCACCACUGAUGGAAGGCAUGCUGAGGUAGAGUUCACAACUGACUGGCAGAAAGAUGCUGAACGAAGAGAUCUCACCAUAAAUUCCAUGUUUUUAGGUUUUGAUGGUACCUUGUUUGAUUAUUUUAAUGGUUAUGCAGAUUUAAAAAAUAAAAAAGUUCGAUUUGUUGGACAUGCUAAACAGAGAAUUCAAGAAGAUUAUCUUCGAAUUUUAAGAUACUUCAGGUUUUAUGGCAGAAUUGUCGACAAACCUGGUGAGCAUGACCACGAGACUCUAGAAGCAAUUGCCGAAAAUGCCAAAGGUUUGGCUGGAAUAUCAGGAGAGAGGAUUUGGGUAGAACUGAAGAAAAUUCUUACUGGUGACCAUGUAAACCAUUUGAUCCAUCUGAUCUAUGAUCUUGAUGUGGCCCCUCACAUAGGUUUACCUGCUAAUGCAAAUUUAGAAGAAUUUAACAAAGUCAGUAAAAAUGUUGAAGGCUUUUCACCAAAACCGAUGACUCUUUUGGCCUCUUUAUUCAAAGUACAAGAUGAUGUCACAAAACUGGAUUUGAGAUUGAAAAUUUCAAAAGAAGAGAAAAACUUGGGUUUAUUUAUAGUUAAAAACAGGAAAGACUUGAUUAAAGCAACAGAUAGUUCAGAACCAUUGAAACCAUAUCAAGACUUCGUUAUAGAUUCAAGGGAACCAGAUGCAACUGCCCGUGUGUGUGAGCUGCUCAAGUACCAAGGAGAACAUGGCCUGCUCAAGGAGAUGCAGCAGUGGUCUGUCCCGCCCUUCCCUGUGAGUGGACAUGACAUCAGGAAAGUGGGCAUUUCUUCAGGGAAGGAAAUCGGCGCCCUGUUGCAGCAGUUGCGGGAACAGUGGAAGAAAAGUGGUUACCGAAUGGAAAAGGAUGAACUGCUAAGUCACAUAAAGAAGACCUAAAACGAGCUCCCCAGGAAACAGGAACGUCUUGGGUAUAAUCCCAGAAAUAUAUACUGUUCACUUAAAUGCAAAAUGCACAUAUACUAUUAUUUAAAGGGGUCUUACACAUGACAGCGUUAUCAAAUAAAUAGUGCAAAUACACAAAAUGCUAUUUUUUCUGUUCAAACUGCUUAUUUUACUCUUUAAUAUUUUCAAAAUUUACAAAUCAGUGUCUCAGACAAGCUAAAGAAAAUUAAAAGGACUUUGUUCCUUUCAAAGUAAUAUAUACUGCUUUGCCUCUGUCUUGUGCUUGCCAACCUAGCUCCUGGAACAUUCAUCAUUUAGAGCAGUGGUGCCCUAUCCUGUUCCCUAGCCUUUCUCAUCAUUGCAAAUGGUGUUUUCUUAUCCUGUCAAUGCCACAUAUUCACCAGGAUAAUUAAUGGCACCAAGCUACUGAAGCGGGUACUUCUGAAUCCAACCUUGUGUUUUACACUGCUUUCUCAUCCUCUGAGCAAGUGUGCUCUUGAACUUGGUAGUCAAAUGCUGUAACCACUAUACACAUACAUCAGAGGCAGUGAUGUCUGGGGCAGAUCUGACUUGAGGAAACAAUCUGUUACACUUACAAACAAAGUAUUACUUUGUCUGGACUUAUUUCAUCUUCAGUUUCUGGAAUUGUGGGUAACAGAGCAGAGCGAGUUAAGCCCCAAAAUUUUUGAGGUGACAUAUCUUUUUUGGUGGCUGUAAACUUCCAUCCAAUAUGGCUUGCACAAAUCUUACACUGGGCAAUGGUCCAUGCAUACCUGUAAAAUGAAGGAAAAACACAAGCUAAGGAAACCUAUUUUAGACUUUUGAUCUAGGCUUGUGUAAUUUCUCUGAAACCUCAUAAAUUUACAAAACUACCUUCUCAUAAUUUGAUACUGUAUUGAUACUAUGUUUUGACAAUUUUAUUACUACAAGUUUCUUUAUAUUGCUGUUUGCCAAAGACUACAUUGCUCCAGCCUUAACCUCACUGCUUUCUACUACAUUAUUGUUAGAGAACAGCAAUCCAAUCUUGGAGCUAUAUAGAUGAGGUAGAGGAAGGAGAGCAUGAACUCCUCGAAAACAAGGCACUUCUGUUCUCAAGUUAGCAAGUUACCAUUUUCCUCAGGUAGAGCAUUCUGCAUUGAGUGUUUACAUUAACAUACUUUGUUAGUUUUACAGUCUUCAGAAUGAUGUCAAAUAUGAGGAUUUUUUUUAAGUGCAGGAUAGCAAGCAAAAUUACUAAUCCAAUUUCAAAGUAAAAAGGUGACCCAGAAUAAAGCAGGCUAGAUAUAGCAAGAUUUACUAGUUUUUACAUCUUGUUAUGUCCCUGUUUAAGGCCUCUGAUCCACAUAUUAGUAGAUCAACCAAUAGUUGUAGUUACAGUAGAUCAUAAAGUUUUACAAUGAGCUGACAAAUAUUUCAGUUUUUUUCUCUAACAUAUGCAGUGAUAUACACCGCCCCCAUUCAUUUUUACCUAUUGAUGGAAUGAAAAUUAGUUAAAAUUAUUCCUGUCCUGUUUGCCUCGUAUCAUUUCUAGAAGUUUCACUUAACACUAAAUGAAGAGUCAACAAAAAAACUGAACACAACCAUAUUACCCAGGAAACCAGCUGUGUACUGUAGAAGGUCGACCUAUCAGAUUCAGGUUGGAAGCUUUAUACACAGUCAGUGUCUCAUGUACAUAUCCAUGAGGAUUCACAUAUGCUGCCAUUGGACCACAUAAGGAUAAACUGCAACAAAGAAGCAAUACGGAGAAUAAGAGAAUGAAAAGAAAAACAGCAAUUCUAAUUUUUUUUCUUCUUUGGGGUAUGUUUUUCUAAUUUUUGAAUUUUGUGUCAGAUAUAAGUACAGGAUACAGGAGGUUGGCAGAUACUCUAUUUUUGCUUGAAAAUUUUCUUUGAUGAAUCCAAGGGAAACACUAUUGUUUAAAAAGCCUAAUGAAAAGGUCAUGUUUAUUCAUCUUUAGACAGUUGGCUGCCUUGCAGACACAUCAGUUUCCUUAUUUUCUUGAUUUACUGUCUUGUUUUAUAAUUCUAAUGAAUUCAUCAAAGUGUUAAACUGCUGUAUCACAGCGUUAGCACACAUUCAGAGCCAUGCCCUGUUUUGGUCCUGUUUAGCAUAACUAGUUGAAAGAUAAUGCUUGAAGCACUCUUUAUGUCAGAAAAUAAAAUAUUAAACAAAAAUUGAGGAAAAACAUAUUGUAUAGACAUUGUGGAUAUUUCCAGCCUGGGAGACAGGCUUACCCCAGACCUGUGCUUAUUUUCUUAAUUGAGUAUAUUUUUUAGGCACUGGAGGAAAAAUUCUGUAAGUUAGAAAUGUAUUGAGAGAGGUAUACUAAAUGUAAUAAAGAUCUUACCUAAAUAUUUCA